AUGAGAAGGAAGCCCCGCAAGCCGAGUAAAGUUCUGCGCAAGAGACGACUGGCGCACCCGAACAAGCUUAUUGAGGCGUACAACAAACUGUUGAUCGAUCUGAAGAAGGCGAGAGCGUUGCACAGGAGACGGAACAGUCGAGGUGGCGAU